AUGUGGGGUCAACAUAACGAUAAUGUCGCUGGCAUCGAUGCUGUCAAGUACGCAGAAACAUUAGGAAUACCAAUUAUCGGAACCAGCAGCAGGUUCCUGUCAUUAACCAAAAUAGAUUUUCAAGAAGCAGCAUCGAAGUGUAAUCUUCUCACUCCGAAGUAUAAUGUUAUUAGAUCUCCGGAAGAUAUUGUUACUCUGACAACAUUUCCUUUGAUCGUCAAAACGGCGAGUGGAUGUGGCAGCUUGCAUAUGACUGCCACUUCCGUUUGUAGUAACGCAAGUGAAUUGAAAAAUGAAGUUCAGAAGAUCUUAGGUGUUGCUGGAUGUGAAGUUUUGGUUCAAGAAUACAUCUUUGGUGGCGAAUACGCAGCCAUAGUUAUUGAAGAUACCGAUGGUGUUUAUGCAUUAGAUCCUCUCGAAUAUGUUUUUCCGGAUCGUUUUUCUUCAAAACAGCGAUUUUUACAUUUCGAUAAUAAGUUCAGUUUAGUGGACACUGGAGAAAUCAAAAUAAAAUUCGUUGACGAAAUCAAUCCUCUCUUCAUUCGACUUAAGGAAACAGCGUGAUUUAUGUAUCGUUAUUAUGUCGGAAUACUUUCGAUUUUCACUUAUUGGACAACAGCACUCGGUUUUCUUGCAGGAAUAUGUCUGCAAACAACAGGAUUACAUCCCACACUAGAUAUUAGUCAAAUCGUCGUGGUUGUUACAUUAGUAACUGAAGGAAUACAGUUUCUUGGUUAUUUAGCUCCAAGUAUGAAAACAUUUCUUGAUGCAUGCGCUGUUGCGUGGCCAAUUCUACAGUACAUUGAGGAAGCCGAGAUUUAUGAUGAAGCAUCGCCAACAACUUUACCAGCGAUAUUUAAUACACCACCGAUUACAAAAGCUUCAAUCAAAUUACAAACGGGUGAUCCAAUAGAAAUCACGUUCGAAAACGUUUCUUUUUCAUAUCCAAGUCGAAACAAGAAACUAGCACCUGAACAUGCUUCAUUUAGAGUUAAGACAGGUUCAACUGUAGCAUUCGUAGGUGGUUCUGGCAGUGGUAAAAGUACAUGUAUACAACUUUUACUACGUUUUUAUGAUCCAACUGAUGGUCAUAUUAAAAUUAAUGGACAUCAUAUUCAAGAAUAUGACAUCAGCAAUUUACGUCAAACCAUAGGUCUUGUCAGUCAAGAACCAAUCCUUUUUGCAACUUCAAUUAAAGAUAAUAUUAGUUAUGGUAAACAAGAUUCAACAUAUGAGGAAAUUGUUGAAGUAGCUAAACAAUCUAAUGCUCAUGAUUUUAUUAUGAAACUUUCAAAAGCUUACGAUACUUUAGUUGGCGAACGAGGCGUACAGUUAAGUGGUGGUCAUCGACAACGUAUUGCUUUAGCACGUGCUCUCAUUCGUAAACCUAGUUUACUUUUACUUGACGAAGCUACAAGUGCACUAGAUUCAUCUAGUGAAAAAUUUGUUCAGGAAGCGCUCGACCGUGCUGUAGAAGGUCGAACAACUCUUAUUGUUGCACAUCGUUUGUCAACAAUACGGUAUGCUGAUUGGAUAAUAGUUAUGAAAGAUGGUUCAAUUGCUGAACAAGGUUCACAUCAUGAUCUUAUGGCAGCUAAAAAUAUUUACUAUGAGUUAGUUACCAAACAACAGAUGAAAAUGGUACAUUCUGAUACAUCGAUGUCAACAGAUUUAGAAGAAGUUGAUAUUGAUAAGAUAGAAACAAAUGACACACAGUCAACCGAUGAUAUUCAACUUGAACAAAGAGACAAUGAUGAAAUAUCGAAUAAAGUGGAAGAAAUACUUCCUGAAGUUCAACAGGUCAAUUUUCUUUUCUUAGCAAAUCUGUAUUUGUACGUUUGCCUCGCAAUAGCUGGUGAACGACUGACGAGUCGAAUACGAACUAAAGCAUUUGAAUGUAUGCUACAUCAAGAAAUCGGUUGGUUCGAUAUGCCUGAAAAUAAUACUGGUUCUCUCUGUGCACGUCUUUCUACAGAUGUAUUGGCUGUUCAAUCUUUAACCAGUGCUCGACUUGGCUUGAUGAUUGAAUCCUUAUCACUUCUGGUCAUUGCUCUUAUUAUUGGAUUAAUUUUUUCUUGGCAAUUAACCCUAGUUGUCUUCGCUUUAAUUACAUUUGAAUUGAUCGCAGCCAUAAUGGAUGUUCGGCGAAAAAGUCUAAUACAAACAAAAGUCGAAACUAUAUUAGGAAAUGCUAAUGAACUUAUUACACAAAGUGUACGCAAUAUUCGUACCGUUUUUCAACUCAAUAGACAACAAUAA